CAGACAGGGGGCCAUCAGACUGUCAUGGCAGCCUGGCGGUCAUGAGAUCCGCGCCUCACCCGGGUUUCCUCGGCUCCUUCGAGAGCUCCUUCCGACUCUUUCAGUUUCUUCGUGGCUCCAGGAACAGAACUAAGAAAAGUCAGAAACAAACCAGCCUGACACAAAGAAAAGCAGAAGUGGGCGUCUCGGAGACUGGCCGUCCCCCAACGGGGCUGAACCGUGGAGCUGAACCGUGGAGCCUGCCGUGGCCUGCCUGCCGGUGACCCAUGUGUAGGGAGAAAUGACCCAACUGGUCAGGGUUGUGUGGCUGCCCGCACUGUUGCUGCUGCUGCUUUUCUGGCUUCCAGGUUGUGUCCCUCUGCAUGGCCCCAGCACUGUCACAGGCAUUGUGGGGAAAUCCCUGAGUAUAGAGUGUCAGUAUGAGGAGAAAUUCAAGCCUAACAAUAAAUACUGGUGCAGAGACUCACUUACGGUGCUAUGGAAAGAUAUUGUCACGACCAAAGGCUCAGAAGAAGCUAGGAAUGGUCGAGUGACCAUCAGGGACCAUCCAGACAACCUCACCUUCAUAGUGACCUUGGAGAAACUCACCCUGGAGGAUGCAGGCACCUACAUGUGUGCGGUGGAUAUACCAGCUUUUGAAGGCUUUUUGAAGGUGCAUGACUUCUUGGGGAUUGAUAAGUACUUCAAGAUUAAGUUGUCUGUGGUUCUAAGUGAGGUUCCAGUUUCAUCUCCAGGACCAACACUAGAGACACCUGUGGUGUCCACCAGCCUGCCUACCAAGGGUCCCACCCAAGGAUCCACCACAGAGGACUACCAUAAGCAUCAUGAUCCCCAGGCCUUGAGCCUCCCUGUGCUGCUGUCCGUGUUAGUUCUCCUGCUGUUUCUGUUGGUGGGGACCUCUCUGCUGGCCUGGAGAAUGUUCCAGAAGCGACUGGUCAAAGCUGAUGUGCAUCCAGAGUUGUCCCAGAACCUCAGACAGGCUGCUGAGCAGAGAGAGUCCCAGUAUGUGAAUCUGCAGCUGCACACGUGGCCCCUGAGGGAAGAGCCGGUGCUACCGAGUCAGGUAGAGGUGGAGUAUAGCACAUUGGCAUUACCCCAGGAAGAGCUUCACUAUACAUCUGUGGCAUUUGACUCCCAAAGGCAGGAUUCUCACACCAAUGGGGAUUCCCUUCGUCAACCUCAGGACCAGAACACAGAAUACAGUGAGAUCCAGAAGCCCAGAAAAGGUCUUUCUGACCCUCACCUGUGAUCCCCUCAUCAGAUCCCCUCAAUGGUGACCAUCAGGUUCUAGAGCUCCCUGCUGGCUGCUGCCCUCAAUGUCACGAGCACCUCGCUGGCUUCACUAAAGAUGAGCAGGAGCCAGGGCUCCGUGGGCACAGAAUCUCAUCCCACUGGCUCUCUGCUCUUAGCCUGCAUUUUGUUCUGCCUCUGGGUGUGGAAGACAUAGAUGCUGCUCCUUUAGGGCUCUGGGAAGUGACAUGGUUUGUAUAGAAUGGUACUUGUGCUAGUUAUCUUUGUAGUGUCAGUCCAGGAAGAACAUCUAUGGUCCCUGGGGAAGUGAAGAGCCAGCAAGGACCCAUGAGACUACAAAAUAACAGGAGUCAUGGGGGCACUAACUAACCAUCAACUCCUCUGUCUCACAGAGGAAGAAACCUAAGCUCUGAGGACAAGACAGGGUCUCUCAGUGUAGCUUUGACUGUCCUGGAACUCACUCUGUAAACCAGAAUGGCCUUAAACUCACAAAGAUCUGCCUGCCUCUGCCUCUUCAGUGCUGGUACUAAAGGCAUGUGCCACAACACCUGGCUUCUCUGGACUCUUAAGUAAAAGAUGAAAUAAAGUUUAUAAUAUCGUUUUAAA